CCUAAUACCUAAUACCUGAUACCUAAUACCUCUACCUCCUACCUCCUACCUCCUACCUCCUACCUCCUACCUAUGUACCUACCUAUCUACUACCUAGUUAACACGCUGCGUAAUGAGGUCCCGAGGCUAUGAACACACACUUGUAAUUGUUUUUUUCCUGCUUUUGUCACGGUAAACCGGGAGUUCCCUUCCGGAAAAAGCAUAUUAUUGAUUCUCAACACGACUCCAUCUUUACGCGGCAUUUCCCCUUCUUGUCCUACGAUAAAGCGCCAUCCUAUCUUCUUCUCGCUGUCACCCCCUCUCUCCUUCUUUCCCUUUGCCUCGCAAACUUUGGGUCAUUGUAACUUCCUGCCGUAUCAAGAACUGUGAAUAAGGUAAAUGAUCAAAUAGCUCAAGUGACAAGGUCAGACCACCGAUUUUCUUAUUCACGUCCACCUUCUUUCUAUCUUUCAUACACCCUCUCUUGAUAUCAAACUAUUUACUUCCUUUUAUCAUACUUUUCUGCGUCUACUAUUCCUGAUAUUCUUCUACUUUUCCUAUCCGCAGUAUGAUAAACCGCACCUAUGGCUGAAUCUAGCAUUAUCAAUUCUAACGCUCCGCUUCAAACCCCUCCACCAGAUCUACAUUCCUUAUCGGAACAAAGUAAGAGAAAUAUCCCGCCAUCCCACCUUCAUUUCCUCCAGCUAACACUUUCCAGUUAACAUAGCAACCAGAGCAGUACAUGCUCAGCUCAACAGACUGAUCCUCCUUCGUUUGCCCCUCGCUUUACCUCCAUAUACCACGAAUCCAUCCAUAUAUGUCUCGGGCAUCCUUCACAUUGCGCCCAUUUACAUUACCUUCGAAUCAUUAUGGCAAACUAUAAUAGAUGCCCCCAGCCUUCCAGUAUCUCUCGACGAUGGACAGAUAAGAUCAGAUUGUCCCGGGGGGAGGCAUGAUUCACUAGACUCCCAGGCUUCGAAAGUCUGUUCAAGAACUCAGUCUCUACUUUCACAUCUGCUUCUCCCUGGCCUCUUGCGUUCAGGGCGUCUUCAAGCUGAUAUUCGUACUUUGACUGGGACCCCCGAUCAUAAAAUUGAAGAGCAAUUAAAGGCAGUCUCGGAUAAUGGGCGGCUAGCAGAGUUUAUUGCACACACCAAAAAAUCUGUGCAAACAAACCCACAUGUUUUAUUAGCAUAUGCAUGGGUUUUAUAUAUGGCUUUGUUUUCGGGCGGUCGAUAUCUUCGAGCUUCACUUAAGACGGCAGGUGGAUUCGAAGACUUUUGGGACAGGGAUCCCUCUCCCGUGCGCACAUACAAGGCCACGAGACCAUCAGAACCCGCCCAAUCCCCUAGCAAAGGAUACUCCGAACAAGAAGUGCGCCCUUCUGCUCGUCGACAGACACGCUCUGAAUGUAGCCAGAUGAUGAAGAAACAAGGUCUUCAAUUCUUCGAUUUCGUUGGUGAUGAGGAUGGUGAAGACAUUAAACGCGAAUUCAAACGGCGUAUAGCAGAAGCUGAAGUCCUCUUAACAAAUGGCGAGAAAGCUGACAUUGUCAAAGAAGCGCAAGCAAUCUUCUCGUUUAUGGUCAUGAUGGUUUCCGAACUAGAUUCAAUAUGUGGAAGUACGGCAGAAGAUUUGGAGACGGUGAAAUCCUCACAAUUCACGAGAUUACACCAGGAACACAAACCUUUGAACAUGGCUCGGGGAAGUAUCGCUCUUACACAAGAACGCCUCUCGAAAAUGAGAGAAGACAAAAGUUCUAAUGAUCAAGAAGAAAGAUUGGAGCGAAAACCAAGUCUCUAUGCAUCAUUCAUCCAAGCUCCUAUGGCUAAAUUGGUGAGAUUUAAAGAUGAUUGUCCUGGUGGUACAGCAAAAACACUAGUAAGAAAGUGUUCUACGAUCUCCCCUUCUAACCAGAGCGGAAGCUCUGUAGGAGAAACAAAUGUGAUGACUUCCGAGACAAACCUCUUUGUGGGACUUUUGACAGUGGGAGGACCACUAGUAGCAUUGACGGCAGCAUUUGCCACUUGGUACUACGUUGGUUAGUAUAUUUGUUUCUGGGUAGAAUGCAUUCAUUAGCUGGGAUGUAUCCAUGAUGUUAUGAAAGAGACACGAGCGCUCGCUCCUUCAUCUGGUUUGUAGAUGAGAGGAUUGGAGGUCAUAAUGGUAAUGGCUAUGGCUAGAAGGCUUGUUUUUUCAUACAUAGGUGCUCAGUACACACUUUUAGGAUAAGAUAGCUACAAUUUGAUACCCCUAUUGAUUGCGUU